GUGGCUGCAGGUGAGGACCCGGAAAACACUCUUUGUGAAGGCUCCAGAGAUGAACAGGCCUUCUUGGGAAAGGACAAAAAAAUAUCUGGAAAAAGAAGUGCAAGAAGCAAAAAAGGGGCUGCUAAGAAGAUGCCACCAGAUAAAGGAUCUUGCACUGUUGCCCAGGCUUGAAUUCCUGGCUUUAAGCGAUCCUCCUGCCUAGGCCUCCCAAAGUGUUGGGAUUACAGGCAUCUUGUGAUGUCUUUAAGAACUGAUACCUAGUUGCAUAUCUAUGAGUCAGUCAUAGAUUCAAGAUUGUGAGUCCUUUUACUCCUCCCUUCUGUGGCUUUAUUCCACUUUCCUUAGAUGUGAUUAUAUUAUUGUCAUUUUUAUUAUAGAGAGAGGAUCAUGCUACCCUGCCCAGGUUAGUCUCAAACUCCUGGGCCCAAGUGAUCCUUUUAUCUCAUCUUCUGGAUACCUGGGACUACAGGUGUACACCUCUAGGCCCAGCUUAUAAUGAAAAGUUAUUUAGUAUUUGCAAUACUGUGAGAAGAUAUGUGUCGAAUCACUAUCCCCUGAUGCAUUUGAAACAUAAUUUCUAAAAUCUAAGGAUUGUCUUUAUACAGCUUACUUUAAACAUUAUUUUCUGUAUCUUACAUAAAGUAAGUUUAAGAGAGUGAGAAAAGCCAGGCAUGGUGGCUCACGCCUGUAAUUCCAGGACUUUGGGAGGCCAACAUGGGUGGAUCACUUGUGGUCAGGAGUUUGAGACCAGCCUGGCCAAUAUGGUGAAGCCCUGUCUCUAAAAAAAAUACAAAAAUCAGCUGGGCCUGGUGGCACGCACCUGUAGUCCCAGCUACUUAGGAAACUCAGAGACUGGCUUGGGCCUGGGAGGCGAAGGUUGCAGUGAGCCACGAUGCUGCCACUGCACUCCAGUCUAGGUGAUAGAGCCAGGCCUUGUCUCAAAAAAAAAAAAAAAAAAAAAGGUAAGAAAACAGAAUCAGGAGUUAUAAAACCCAAGUUCAUAUCUUACGAAUCUAGGUCACUGGUGAGACUGAAGCAGUCUCUACUUCAUUGUUUUCAUCUGUAUGUGAUGAUGUUCGUCAGUAUAAAUUUAUGAAAUUCCUUUUUAAGUUGUGAGUUUCUUAGAUUUCGUAGUAGAGUCGGUAUACUGUACACUGGAAUAAAAUUUGGUGAUUCGCCGCUAGUGUAUCUAUAGAGGUUUUUUUUUUUUUUGAGACAGAGUCUUGCUCUGUUGCCAGGUGCCAGGCUGGAGUACAUUGGCACAAUCUCGGCCCACUGCAACCUCUGCCUCUGAGUUCAAGCAAUUCUCCUGCCUCAGCCUCCCGAGUAGCUGGGAUUAUAGGCACGUGUCACCACACCCAGCUAAUUUUUGUAUUUUUAGUAGAGACAGGGUUUCACCAUGUUGGCCAGGAUGGUCUUGAUCUCUUGACCUGGUGAUCCGCCCGCCUCGGCCUCCCAAUGUGCUGGGAUUACAGACUUGAGUCACUGAGCUCGGCUUCUAUAGAGUUUUUAUAUUUUAGGGAUACAUUGUUGUUUGUCUUUUAAAUUUUGAUAAAUUUAAAGAAAGGAUAUGUUUGAGUAAGCCAAGGAAUUUUAAACUGAAUAGGAUUAUUUUGGGUGUGGAAAGAAUCCUUUCUAGAUGUGGAAGGGACCUAGAAUGUGAAGAAGCUUUAGUAUUGCCUGGAAAGCUUUCCUCAGAGUUUAGUCGCUGGGACCCCACCCUGAGAACUCACUUCUGCCUGUCCUCUCUCAGUACACAGCCAGUCACCAGGUCGAAGUGAUUCUCUGGUCAGUCUCCCCCUCUCCGUCUUCACUGCCAUAGUUCACCGUCAUCUUCAGCUGGAGUACUGCAAAAGCCCUAAACAUUGUUUCUCAUCUUGCUUCUAUCCUCCAUGUCAAAAAUAAUGCAAAUAGAGUGUAUGCAUAGGAGUUUAGACAGGAUGUGCUUACUGUGAUCUUUUCAGUUAAAUUCUCAGAUCCUAAGUAAAUAAAGUUUCACAUUUUUCAGACGAGUACUUUUCUAAUAAAUAAAAAGCUUCUCAAAUGUGAAAUGACAUAUAAAGCAUGGUAAUCAGCUGUAAACCAGAAAUGUGGUUUUUUUACAGGUGUUAUUGUAACACUUUUUUUUAAAACGUAAAAUGAAGUAAAUUGAUUCACUCUUAUGCUCCCUUACCUAGUUGAAUUUGUAGUAAUUUUUUAGUUACUACAGUCCAAAGGCUAGUACUGGAAAAAAAUGAUAGUCCAGGAGGCUUGUCACUAAUAGUCAUGUCACUCCUAAUGGUCACGUCAUUAGGAGACAUGGCACUGUUUAUGGGUUUGCUGGAGGCAGAAUUUGUGUCAAUGGCUUAAACCUUGAAUUUAGCCCCAGGGGAGUCCAGUUGUCAUUAUAUAAUGAGCUUAUUUUUUUUCAUUAAGAGAAUUGAAUCCCCUUGAUAGGGUUAACUAAGCAGGAUUUCAAGCUGUGUUACAUAGGGAGACCUCAUCUCUACAAAAAGUAAAAUAAUUAGCUGGGCAUGGUGGGCAUGCACCUGUAGUCCCAGCUACUUGGAAGGCUGAGGUGGGAGGAUCACUUGAGCCCAGGAGGUCACAGCUACAGUGAGCUGUGUGAUCGCACUACUGCACCCCAACCUGAGAGACUGAGAUACUGUCUCAAAAAAGAAAAAAGAAAAAAAAUUUUCACUGUAUUUAAAAUGGCAAAGCUUUAGGUAAAUAUUAUCCUAAAAACUAAUGGCCACUACUUAUUUAUUAAUAUUUUUCACAUUACUUCUACCUGGGGGAAAAAACAAUAGAAAUUAGCUAAUGUGUUUUUUUAACAGCUUUAUUAAGAUGUAAUCCAUGUACCUACAAUUCACCUGUUUAAAUGUACAAUUCACUGAUUUUCAGUAUACUUCCAGGGCUAUGUAACCAUCAAUAGUCAGUUUCAGUAUGUUUUCACCACACAAAGCAGCCCCUUACCUGUUAGCACUCACUUCUUCCGCCCAGACAUCGCAGCCUGGGCAACCAUUAAUCUACUUUCUUUUUUUUUUUUUUAACUGAGACGGGGUUUCUCUACGUUGGUCUGGCUGGUCUUGAACUCCUGACCUUAGGUGAUCCACCCGCCUCAGCCUCCCAAAGUGCUGGGAUUAUAGGCAGGAGCCACCACGCCCGGCUUUACUUUCUUUUUCUAAAGCUUUGUCUACUCUGAACAUUUUGUAUCAGUGGAAUCAUACAAUGCAUGGUGUUUGGCUUCUUUCAUCUAACAUGUUUCUGUGGCUGACUCAUUUUGUAGCAUAUAUCAGUACUUUGUUCCUUCUUAUGGUAAAAUAAUAUUCUGUUGCAUGGAUAUACCAUAUUUCAUUUAUACCUCAGCUGAUGGAUGUUUGGGUUGUUUCCACUUUUUGGCUAUUCUCCUAUAGACACUGGUGUACAAGUUUUUGUAGAGACAUAUGUUUUUAUUUCUCUUUGUCGUAUAUUUCUAGAAGUAGAAUUGCUGGAUUGUAUGAUAACUUUAUGCCAAAUGAUUUUCCAAAGCAACUGCACGAUUUUACAGUCCCACCAGCACUGUAUGAGAGUUACAGUUUCUCUCCAUCUUCACCAACACUUGUUAAUAUCUGACUAUUUGAUUAUCACUAUAUAGUUUUAAAAAAUUGUUUUGUAAUUCAUAUACCGUAAAAUUCACCUUUUUAAAGGUACAAUUUAGUGGUUUUAGUAUAUUCACAGAGUUGUACAGUCUAAUUCCAGAAUAUUUUAUCGUCCAGUAAGAAAUGUACCCAUUAGCAUCCACUCCUCAUUCUUCCCUUCCCAACUCCUGGCAACCACUGUCCCAUAAAUUUUAUAUAUUUGUAUGAGGCAAGUUUAGAUUAAGUGUUUAUGGUUGCCAUAACAACAUUAGUUACUGAGUCCCAGUCACCAUAGUAUCUAAGCAUUUGACAAAACAGUUCAAAUGGCAGGAAGCCAGAAAUAGGCAGUACAUGGAAACUGAGAAAGGAAGGCAUUUCUGAAUUGACUUGCUGCUAUUCAGUGCUCUGACUGGUUUCACUGGAGGCCUUUGUGGUGUGGGCCAACUGAAAGAUGACAAGGAGGGCUAGAACCUUAGAAAGUCCGGAGUCAGGCUUGUGUAGUGAAAUGACGACUUUGCACUUGAAUCUUGGUUAUUUGAAUCUUGGUUCUGCCUGUUCUUCCCUGUAUGAUCUUAGAAAAGAAACUCAUUUCCCUGAACCUGUUUUUUCACCUGUAAGGAAAGCUGACCCUACAUAUCUUGCAGGAUUGUCUUGGAAUGAGUGACUGUGUAUGGAAAGCACUUUGUAAAGUACCCAGCAUAAAACAGGUUCUUCUAAAUGGUAAUUGUGUUUAUGUGUGUCACAAGAUGAUUGAUUGAUUUUAUUUGUUUGUUUGUUUGUUUGAGACACGGUUUUGUUCUGUCACCGAGGCUGGAGCAGUGGCGUGAUCAUGGCUCAGAAACAGCCUCAAAUUUCCAGGCUCAGGUGAUCCUUCCACCUCAGACUCCCAAGUAGCUGGGACUACAAGUGCAUGCCACUACGUUCAGCUACAUUUUCUUUUUUUUAGAGACGGGUUUUCACCAUGUUGCCGAGACUGGUCCUGAAUUCCUAUGCUCAAGCCAUCCGCCAGCUUUGGCCUCCUGAAGUACUAGCAUUAGAGGCAUGAGCCACUGUACCAGGCCACAUAAGAUGAUUUUUGAGUGGCAUGACAGGGAGUAAAAUUAAGAAAUUAAUUUGGUUUGACUUUAAGUCCAUUUUUACCUCUUUUGUCAGUACUUUUUAAAUUUCCUAGGAGCUCUUUAACACUGUCUCCUUUCAGGCUUACCUAUCCCUGCCCCAGUCCCCUAACGUAUAUUCCUGAAAAUGUAUUUCCAGUUCCAUACUGGUUUAAUGUUGAUAUGCUUUUUGGGAUGUUAACUGAUAUGUAAAGUAAUAACUAGUAAUGCCAUAAAAUAUAAUCCCCAAAGGCAUUUUUGCAUUUGUAUAUAUUGACUUCAACUAUAGUAGAACAUUGAUAGCUGGCCUCUAGACUCAGCUUUAUGGAGUCAGUUGGGUAAUAUCUGUGCUGGCCAGAGGUGAGAUCACUGGGAUUGGUGGGGACUGUGGUGAACAGGAGUCUACAUCAGGCCCUACCUAAGUGCAUUGAAAUUCUAAAGAUGUAAAUGCCUGGCUAAGCCCCUGUCAGAGGAGUGAUCGGGGCUGGGGCUGAUGUUUUAUGAUUGCAACCCAUCUGCUCACCAGGUAGAGAAAUGGACAGUUUAACUCCCUUACAGACUAUAUACCACAUUUUCAGAAUUCAGAAGUCCUGGUUUACCUUAUUUCUGCUCCUAGGAGAUGUUCCACCUCUUCUAAAUUAACAUUUCUUUGGACAAUGACAUGCAGAAACAGUAGCCUCUCAUGUUACUCUUCCUUCAUUAAGGGAUUGAUCAAUGAAGGCAAGUCAUAUCUUUUCUGAAGGUCAGCUGGUAAGAAUAGAAUAGAGUUCCUGAUUUAUAUAGAGUCAAAUAAUUUCACAAUCAGAAGAGACUUCAAGGUCACUAGCCAAAACUGUCUUGGGGGAAAAAAGUCCUAAUAUUAAAAACGUAUUAGUUUUCUAUUGCUACCAAAACAAGUUACCACAAAUUUAGUGGCUUUAAACACACACAACACAUAUUUACUAUCUUACAGUUCUGUAGGUCAAGAAUCUGACAUUGGGUGCAGUGGCUCAUGCCUUUGGGAGGCAUGAGGCAUGCAGAUCACCUGAGGUCCGGAGUUCAAAACCAGCCUGGCCAACAUGGUGAAACCCCAUCUCUACUAAUGAUACAAAAAAAUUAGCUGGGCUUGGUGGUGUACCCCUGUAAUUCCAGCUACUCAGGACGCUAAGGCACAAGAAUCACUUGAACCUGGGAGGCGUAGGUUGAGGUGAGCCGAGAUCGUGCCAUUGCACUCCAGCCUGGGCAACAACAGCAAAACUCCCCCCCCCACCAAAAAAAGGAAAGGAAGGAAGGAAGGAAGGAAGGAAGGAAGUAAGUAAGUAGGGUUCUUACUGGGCUAACAUCAAGGUGUUAGCAGGGCUGUGUCCCUUUCUGGUUGCUACCUGAGAGAAUUUGUUCCUUGCCUUUUCCAGAUUUUAGAGGCUUUCUGCAUUCCCCAGCUUCAUUACCCUUUCUCCAUCUUCAGGGCCAGCAGUGGCUUUGAAGUGAGCCAAAGUCCUCACAUUGCACCACUUUGACCAGCUGAUGCUUUUGCCUCUCUCUUCCAUGUUUAAAGUCCCUUGUGAUUAUGCUGGGCCCACCCAGAUAUUGCUGGAUAAUCUCCCUUUUUAAAGAUCAACUGGGCUGGGCAUGGUGGUGCGCACCUGUAGUCCUAGCUACUCGGGAGGCUGAGGCAGGAGAAUUGCUUGAAUCUGGGAGACAGAGAUUGCAGUGAGCCGAGAUUGCACCACUACACUCCAGCCUGGCGACAGAGUAAGACUGUCUCAAAAAAAAAAAAAAAAAAAAAUCAACUGAUUAGUAGCCUUUAUUUCAUCUUCAGCCUUAAUUCCGCUUUGCAAUGCAAUGUGAUGUAACAUUUUGCUAAGCUCUGGGUAUGGGGACACGGACAUCUUUGGGAGCUGUUACUCUGCCUACCACAAAAAGGGCAUAAUAUAGACUAGAUGAUAACUUUACAUAACGGAAUAAUUCUUCACUUUAUAAAAGUUUAUGACCUAUCUUAUAGACCCAUGUAGGAUCACUUAGUCAAUAGACGUUGAUUGAGCAUGGUGUGCUGGUGCACCUGCCUUUCAGUUUUGUAGGCUCAAGUGAGGGAGCCAAGUAACUAACAAGAUGCGAGUCAUAAGGAAGCAUGCAGUCUGGAAGUCACCUGUCCUAGGCGAGGUAGAGAAGGUUGUCAGGAGGAGUUGAUAUCUAAGCUGAGUUAGGACAAAUAGGUGCUAGUCAAGUAAAAGCGAUGGGGGCAAAGAGGAGAGCAAGGAUAUUAGAGAGCAGACGUGCCGGGGACUAGAGCUCACAAGACAGUAAGAGAGCAUCCUGUGUUUCAGCGCCCGUCAAUGUGCACUUUGGCUUGAGCAGAAUAAAAGGAAAGAGUUAAUCAAUGGGAAGUAGAAGAGAGUAGAGUAAUAGAGAGAUUGGGGCUUAGAAGAUUAGCAAAGUCCAGAUUAUAAAUUGUUUUUAACAUUACCAGUUUGGGCCUUAACAACAGGUUUGAAUGAGGGAAUGACCUGAUGUGAAUUGCAUUGUUUAAAAGAUUCCUCAGUGUGGAGAACUGGUUGAAGCAGUACAAGAUUAGAAGCAGUACACAGUGAAGGGGCUUUUACAAUAAGCUCUGUAAGAGAUGCUGGUGAUCUGUAAUGCGAGAACAGCUGUAGGGCUGGAGAGAAGUCAGUGAAUUUGGAGAUUCUAAGGAGGUGGAAAUAACAGGACUGGAUUGUUAAUUAGAUAUGGAAAAAAGAGUCCAGGAUAAUCUAAUUCCCAGUUACCUGGUUUAAAUACCAGGAUGCUUGAUAAUGCCAUGUACUAUGCAUAGGAAUAUAGCGAGAGAAAGAGCAAGUGUGGAGAGACAGUGCUGUGCUUUUGGGUCAGGUGUCUGGGGUCUUUUAGACAUCUAAGUAGACAUGUUAAAUGGUGCUGUGGUAACAGGUGUGAGCCACUGCAUCCAGCCUUAGUUUUUACAUAUGAGGAAAUUAAAAGUUUAAUUGGCCUGGGUGUGGUGGCUCACGCCUGUAAUUCCAGCACUUUGGGAGGCUAAGGCGGGCAGAUCACCUGAGGUCAGUUGAGACCAGCCUGACCAACAUGGAGAAACCCCAUCUAUACGAAAAAUACAAAAACUUAGCCAGUGCAUGCCUGAAAUCCCAGCUACUUGGGAGACUGAGGCAGGAGAAUCACUUGAACACUGGAGGCGGAGGUUGCAGUUAGCUGAGAUCGAGCCAUUGCACUCCAGCCUGGGCAAUAAGAGCAAAACUCUGCCUCAAAAAAAAAAAAAGUUUGAAAGAAUACAUUAUUUUUGUAGGAGAGAGGAUAAAAAUUAGGAUACGAAUCUAGGGCUCCUAAUGAGCUAGACUGUGUUUUCUAUACAUCAGAGUCCUACUUCUCCCACUAAGCAACGAGAGGCCAGGCAUGGUGGCUCGCACCUGUAAUCCCAGCACUUUGGGAGGCCGAGGCAGGAGGACUGCUUGAGUCGAGGAGUUCAAGACCAGCCUGGGCAACACAGUGGGACCUUGUCUUUACGAAAAAUAAAAAAACUUAGCUGGGCGUGGUCACACACAUCUGUAGUCCCAGCUACUCAGGAGACUGAGGCAGCGGGAUCACUUGAGCCUGGGAGGUCAAGGCUUUAGUGAGCAGUGAUCAUGCCACUGCACUCCAACCUGUGACAGAAUGAGACUCUCAAAAAUUAAAAAACGGAACAAAACAUUGAGGUUCUGUUGGGUAAAUGAUAAUGAGCCACCAACUGUUACUGAUUUUUUUCUAUUGUGGAAAUAUUUGCCAAGCAUUGGGAAUACAGUGAGGACAAAACAGAGCUUGGGCUUACCCCCUAGAUUGCUGGUGGAGUCUAGUGGGAAGGGAGUAUUCAAGAAAAUUAUUGCGACUGGGUGUGGUGGUUCAUGCCUAUAAUCCCAGCACUUUGGGAGGCCGAGGUGGGCGGAUCACAAGGUCAAGACCAUCCUGAUCAACAUGGUGAAACCCCGUCUCUACUAAAAAAAAAAAAAAGGACAAAAAUUAGCUGGGCAUGGUGGUGGGUGCCUCUACUCCCAGCUACUCAGGAGGCUGAGGCAGGAGAAUUGCUUGAACCCAGGAAGCAGAGGGUGCAGUGAGCCAAAAAUCAUGCCUCUGCACUCCCCACUGGGCAAUAGAGCAAGACUCUGACUCAAGAAAAAGCAAAAACAUCCUGACACACUGACCGUGUGUGGAAUGGAAUGGAGAGAGCAGUUUGGAAGACGGUAGGAGGACUUUUUUCAGGAGAUAUUGCACCUUUAAUGCAAGAAAAAAUACUAAGUGCAGUCACACAUGCUGUUGAUGAUGAAGAAGGUGCUGAAGCAAAUGCGAAUGAGCAGCCAGAAGCGCCGAAGCUCGUUCUGCAGUCUUUGUUUUCACUUAUACGAGGUGAAGUUGAGCAGUUGGAUUCAAGAACACUUCCCCUUUGCCUUCAUCAGAUAGCGGAGUCCUAUUUCCAGGAGGAGGACUAUGAGAAAGCAAUGAAAUUCAUUCAGCUAGAACGAUUGUAUCAUGAGCAGUUGCUCGCAAAUCUUUCCGCCAUUCAAGAACAGUGGGAAACAAAAUGGAAAACUGUGCAACCACAUACAGUUACGCCUCUAAGGAAUUCAGAAAAGGGAUUUAAUGGUGAAGAUUUUGAACGGCUUACUAAAAUUUGUGCAACACAUCGAGAUCCUCUUUUAUCCAAACAUAAGAUAGCAGUUGUGGAGAAGUCCCCAGAAGGGAAACGCUCUACGCAGCUAAUAGUGUCUGAAGAUCCAAAGGAAACAGGAGCUACCACCAAAGUGUCAGAGAGUAAAACUUGUCUUCGCACAAAACCAAAUAAAGAAAGCCAACAUAAAGAAGAGCCCCUGGAGAGCGGUCCCUGCCAUAGUCAGAUGGACGGGCAGGCCAGUCCCCCAAGCCUUUCGGUAACUGCAGAAAAGGACCACAUGGAGGAGCUGCUCUGCAGCGCUGAAGCCACGUUAGCUCUCCACACCCAGUCCUCGGAGACAGCAGGGAGCCCAUCUGGGCCAGACGCUUCUGAGAAUGCUUGUGAGGAUGACAGUCCCUUGCAGCUGGCUCAAACAGAGGCCUGCCAGGAUGUGGCCAAAAUAGAGAGCACUGCUGAACACCCUCAGGUGUUUCCUUCCAGCGAGUUAGCUGUAGAGCCAUUGAUUUUACCAGGCUGUGACCGUAUACCUCCUUCGUUGAUUUCUGAGGCUCAAAGAAAAGAACUCCGUUUGCCACUUCGGGAUGCUUCUGAGGCAUUGCCCACAGACCAACUUGAGAACAAUAAAUUAAAUGAGCUGCAGCAGCCUGGUCUCACGGACAGUGAUGGAAAAUCACCACGGGGUCAGGCUGACUCAGAGGGCUCUGAGAAUGUGCACUGUGGAAAUAAUAAAAUAUCUGACUUAGGCACACCGCCUCCAGAGGUGUAUAUGGCCCCAGAGGAAAAGGGAGAUAAAGAUGACCGUCUCAGCAAAGAAACAGAGGACUAUUUGAACAGGCUUUUACAGGCAUGUUUAAAAGAUACUGAAGAUUCGCUUCCAUAUGAAGAUAACCAAGACGACGACUCUGACCUUCUUCAAGAUCUCUCUCCUGAAGAAGCGUCCUACAGUCUUCAGGAGAAUCUGCCUUCCGAUGAAAGCUGUCUUUCUCUUGAUGAUCUUGCCAAAAGGAUAGAGAUUGCAGAGGUUGUUCCCGCUGAAGGAUUGGUCUCAAUAUUAAAGAAGAGGAAUGAUUCUGUAGGAGAUCACCCUGCCCAAAUGCAGCAGAAACCAUCUAAGCGAAGAGUGAGGUUCCAAGAAAUAGACGAUAACUUGGAUCAAGAUGAAGUUGGAGGUGGCUCCUGUAUUUUGCUGAUAUUGCUGUGCAUAGCAACGGUUUUCAUUAGUGUUGGAGGAACUGCCUUAUACUGCACUUUUGGUGACAUGGAGUCACCUGUUUGUACAGACUUUGCAGACAACAUGGACUUCUAUUACACUAAGUUACUGCAGGGAAUGGCAGAACUGAAACACUGGAUCUACCUCUCCUAGCAGCAUUCCAGAGACAGACAUGCUGGCAGUGAGAAUGAAAGAUGUGAAACUUUCUCAAAGGUUUUUAUUUCAGGAGUUCUGUAACAUUCCCCCUUCCCCUCUGUUAGAAACCAAGGACAUCAGAAAUAGCAACUUUAAGUGGCAAUCCAGAGGAACUCUGUUAGAAUCAUCCACAUAAUGAGGCCAAUAUCGCUCUAAGCAUUGUGGGUGGAAGGAAUGAUCUUGGGAGAGCAUACCCAUCUCCUCCUCACUGCCUCCUAAUGUAAUGAGGUACCCUGAGCAGAAUUAAACAGGGUAGUCUGGGAACCACACAGUUUUUAGCUGCCUUGUCAAGCUAAUGGUUAAAGAACACUUUGGUUUACACUGUUGGUUCAUAGAAAUUGCCGUCCGCAAUCACGCAAUCAGCUUGUGUGUAAUCAAAAGGAGUUACCUUAGAGUUUCAGUGUUGUUUUUAGUUAACCUUGGGAGCUGUGUAAUUUAGGCAUUGCGCAUUACUUCAGUUGUGUUCUCCACUUACGAAAUGAUUGUGUGUGUGUGCACAUGUGUGCGUGUGUGCGCAAGUGGUUCAGGCAGUCAUCAUAAGCAAAUACCCAACAUAGAAUAGCAAAGAUUAUCUUUAUUCUUUUAACUUGAUGAUGAUGUGCAGGCACAAAUCUUUGAAGAAGGCUCAACUGUGGAAUAGAUAAAUGAUAGAAAUCUUGACCUGAAAUGAGAAACUGUGACAUAUCUGUGUCAAUUAACUUGAUUAACUACCCAGAAAUUAAUCACAGGCCUAGAGACAAAAUAAAAAGCCCCCUGAGUCUCAGGCAACAGUUUCGUCAAGGAUUCAAAGCUUCCUCAAAUGAUAAAUGCUGGACUUGAUUCAGCAAACGCUUAUACCUAUUAUGUUCUGAGAUCCUGAGAAGCAGAAUGGAAACAUAAGUAAGAUACAGUUCCUGCUGUAGGUGUUUUAAUCCUGAUCUUAUGCAGAGUAAACCAAUACUUCGGUGAGCGAAAUCACCGUGUAGCAUUCAGUACUCACAGAUCAUGCAUUCAGAUGCUUGCGUCUGUUCUUACCGUGGGCUUGAUCUAGGUCCUGUUGUAAGGUCCAUACAUAAAAAUUCAGUCAAACCUUCUGUAGACAGAUGUCUGAUUUUCCCUUAAACCUGUCUGUUAGGGACCUUUCCUUACCUAGGGUGUGGUGGUCUGACAUUUAGGAAGCCUUGCUUUGACUCUAUUAGGCAGCAUUAAAAACAAAAACAAAAAAACAAACAUGAAUUCUAGUUUUUUAGCAAGUGAUCAUUGUUUCCUGUUUUUCUGUUAGGAUCAUUUGAAAGAAAAAGGGAGAACUUACUUUCUAGUUGUUACUGGCUGGCACAGUCCCUCCCUUUGUGUUUCUGCUUAUUUAUUUAGAUUAUGUGAAUUUUAAAGGGCUUUGUAUGUAAGUUGAAAAUGUGUUACUGCGCAUGCAUUUGGCUGUCCCAAUCCUGGAUAUUUAAUUACUGUGCACUUGGUGUUUCGAUUUUCUACCAUUUCACUUCAGCGUGUUUUUACACUUGCUUCUUUUAAAUUGAUGUUUCAUUUUCACUUUUCAUACUGUUUGACUUGUCUCUAUCAUGUCACCAUAAACGGUAAUAUUUUCAAGGGUUAUAGAUCAAAGAUAUUUAUUUAGAAAUGUACAAGAUACUGAAAUUUAGAUUCCUUAUACUUAAGGCUGAUUUUAUUAGAAGAUUAUUUUAAUGUUCUAUUAUAAAUUUUAAGAAUUUGUAUUCAAAUUGUAUGUAAAAUAUGUAAAAUGUCGACGGCACUAUAUUAAGUGGUUCUAUAAAAAGCUGUUCACAAGUUCUACUGUGACGGUCGUUCUCAUCAUAGACAAACCUCUUCUGUUUCAUCCUCAAUUUCUAGUUACAGAUACUUGGUGAUGCUUAUUUUUGCCAAUUUUAUGUCAAAAUAAGUUGAAACUUCCCUCCUGUUCACCUCUUGGGUCACUAUCCUGUAUAACCUCUGGUGUGAUAUUUACCCAGGGGCAGCCAGAGCCACUUCUGAAACCCAAGAUCUCCUGGGGACCUUCACACCACUGAGAUUAAAGCGUUGAGAUCGUACCUCGAUAAUCAGGGACCCAGUUGUGUCUCAGAGAAACUAUAGGUGUCCUCACCACUUCCCAGGGAGGGGGAGCUGACCUCGGGAGCAGACUGAUGUUUUGACUUAAAAUAGGCAUGAAAUUGCAACUAGAAAAAUUAGGGCAAUUUAAAAAAAAAUGUAAUAGUCACUUAUUGCAUGAACUGGAGUAACUCUACCUGGUGGUGAAAGGAUUGUUAUUUCACACAUAAAACAUUCAUCCAGUUUUACGAAAAUGUAAUUUCUUCUGUCAUUUGAAAGUACUGACAACUAUUUGUUACUAAUCUUGCAUAAGAACUGUAUUUGAGGGCAUCAAAUCAAGCUUGUAACUUAAAAUCUAUACCAACAAA